CAAGUCCCUAAAGCCUGCUCAACGGACCAAUGGUUGAGCCCUGUUGUGCAAAGUUGAGGAACGACAAGCCAAUCAUUGAGCCCUGUUGAGGAGAGCUGAGCAGCGAUCAGCCAAUCAGAGACCUCUGUUGUGGAAUCGUCAUUCGAGACUGAGCUGUGUUAGAAAAAUUCUGGCGGCCAUCUUUUGUUAAUGCAGUCGGCCGUUUGACAGAUUUGACAGACUAAUAUUUUUAUUCUCAGAAAGAAUGGAGAGCCAUGAUUCAGGUAAACUGCUGCUGCUCUCCACGACCACGACCGGUCCGGCGCCAACUUCGUCAAGAAGUACGAGUCCAGGUGGGGCUACACCCUCUUUGGUCGUUGCCUCGGAGCCGACACGCCAGAGACCAGCGCAGCCCAGAAGACCAAGUUUGGCUGGAUGAGGUACCCCCAAGCAGCGCAGGUGACCGAGGAGAGCCGUCUUCUGUACCUCCUGAUUAAGAUGCUGCAGCACCAUCCCACCUGCAGCAAAUUCCACUUGUCUCCCAGCAAGCUGACCUCAUCCAUCAAAGGCCAGUACAAGAGGAUUGCCGACAGAGUGAGGGACGACCCGGUCGUGGGCAGCCUCGCCAUCCCGCUGCCCAACAUAAACGUCAAGUCCAUCAGCAACUUUUUCAGGAGGGAGGAGAAGAUGGCCAACUUCAGGGCAACGGUCAGGCCAAGAGUGAAGACUCAUCGGAAUGUUCUGUCAGGCCAACCAAUGCCUGAUGCCCCUGCUCUGCCGUCGUCACUGCCACCACCAGAUAGACCUCAGGUGCAGUACCAGGAGCCUCACCAUGUCGCUGGCAAAAGGCGUGGGGAAAAGCGGAGGUUGGACUUUGAAGACCCACAGCCAGACUGUCAACCAGGGCCUUCAAACCGCUGUAUCCAGCCCAAGCCUGCCACUGCAUCCUACGUGCCAUCUGCCGUGGCAAAAGCACCUGUCCUCCUGUUGGACUUUGAAGACCCACAGCCAGACUGUCAACCAGGGCCUUCAAACCGCUGUAUCCAGCCCAAGCCUGCCACUGCAUCCUACGUGCCAUCUGCCGUGGCAAAAGCACCUGUCCUCCUGGUGCUGCCAACCCAACCACAGGCUCCAUCAGUGAGGUUGCUGCCAUCUGCCAACCCAGUCUUCCUCCCUGUCCUCCCACAGUGAAACCUGUUAUGCCCAACAAGUCCAAUAAGCCAUGUGGGGCUUGCAAGGUGCCGCAGUGUGGGGGGCAGCGGAAGAAAUACACCCCUUCCAAAGACAAGGUGGCUGGAAGCAGCCAGAAAAUCUUCACCUUUUGUCCCUCCACCAAUAUGUCCACCACACCUGGCUUCGAAGGUGUAACAUACACCAGCUAUGAACACUUUAAAACUGUGGUGGAUGGGGAACUGGAGAAGAGGAGAACCACCCUCUAAACCUGUUGUGGGUUGCAAUGACUGUCACACACACUGACACACACACACACACACUGACAGACACAUACACGCUGACACACACACACACAUACUGACAGACACAUACACGCUGACACACACACACACACACACACACACACUGAGACACACACACACAAUGAUGUAAAUAAUGUGAAAUUGUUUAAAAACGUUUUAAAUGUUUAUAAUGUAUAUUUAUUUAACUUAUUUGUGUGUUGUUUUUUACAUACAUGUUUUAGUGUAAUUCAUGUGUUUCAUACAAAAUGUUCAUUCAUGUUUCAUUCAUACAUAUCUGUUACUACCUGAAAUUACCUUUUGCAUCAAGCAUUUGGGAUUCGUCACGUCAUGUUUGAUUUCACGUUUCAUUCCUGUG